AUGGAUCGCAAAUCGCGAGCUUCGAGGGCGGCUUCUCUAGAUGAAACUAACGAAGAAGUCAGUUUAUGGAAGCAAAUUUGUUCAUCUCUUCUGAAACUAGAAAAUGUUCAGAAGGAAUCGGAGCCUAUCAUCACCAGUGUGAACAAACUUCACAUGACAAUAGAAAGUAUUGACGCAAUAUCUCCCUCAACAUCAUAUAAGCUGAAAGAGCUUUAUUCAGAAGGCAUCACAACAUCUAUUUCUGAGUCCAAAACUAUCACAGAUGUAAUCGAAAAAUUAUCUGUUCUUAUCGCGUUAAGGGAUGCCUCAGAGAGCGCGUCUGAUCCACGGAGAAAGAAACGGAAAACGGAAGCUGACGAUCUCAAGAUUACGUCCGGACCACACGCAUCAAAGAAAUCAAAGCUUACAAAUGGUGGAAUUAUUCCCGUUGGAGCAGCGGUUGCUGCCAAGCAACCAAAACAAAAAGAUAAAACUGAGGAGUGGAUUUUGGCCGUUGUCAUCAGCUACAAUUCUGACAAAAACAAAUAUCAUGUUGAAGACGUAGAUCAGGAUGAAACUGGAACAAGGCAAAAAUAUCUGGUGCCACCGAAGAACGUUAUCCCUAUACCGUCAGUUGCUGAGGUCCGCCAGCUGCCUGAAAUCCCAGCUCAUACUGAUGUUUUGGCGCUUUAUCCUGGAACCACUUGCUUCUAUAACGCAAUUGUAGUCACUCCUCCGUCUAAGAACAAAGAUUCUGCUUCUACAGGACAGUAUAAAGUUCAGUUUGAGGACGACAAUGAUGAAACUAAGGUUGUAACGCCUAUUCAUGUACUGGAAAAGGCGAAGUCCAAAUGA